CAAACAAAACAAAUGCAUGCAUUGCUGUUUAUGCCGUUUCUAAUGGCCGAUUGCUCUUUUUCACUGCCUUUAUUAUACCAAAAUAGAUCGGAAAUGUGUUAAAUUUAAGAACUAAUUACUGCAUAAUAUAUUUGUCAAUGAAUUUUACAUAACUGUUGCCUAAAUGUGCACAGAAACAGUGUGUGAAACGACAGUGCACCACGGUGAAUUCAAGUAAAUAACAUUGUCUCUUCUUUCAACAUGAGUGCAAGCGGCGAGGGUACAGAAAACCUCAAUAAAGAGGGAGAAACUCCAACCGCUACUGUUUCUAAAGGUAAAAGUCCUGCAAAAGACGAUAUAGACAGCUGCAGUUUAAAAGAUGUCGCUCCAAACCCAAUUGUAGCACCUGCUACCAAAGCCGAUAGUUUGGAAGAUCCCGCUGUAAUAGAAGCUCUUAUUGAGAAAAAGCUCCCUACUGACAAAGAGAAAGGCUUAGAUGUUGACAGUGAAUUAGAUUUUGAACUGAAAUGGGAUGAUGACACAGACCUUAAUGAAAAUCAGGACAUUGCUGAUGUAGACCUUGAUAAUGCAGGUAAAGAACUAGAAGCACAUGGAACAUCAAUAGAAAAGGAUAAAGAUAAAGAAGCUGACAGUGCUUUUACAUCUAUAGAGCAGAAGUUUGAUACGGGAAGUACUUCUACAUCUGUAGAGAAAGAUCUUGAUAGUCUGGACAGAGAUACAGAUAGCGCAUCUAUGUCUAUAGAUAAAUAUGUUGAUAAAGAAACUGAAGGUAUUCUAAGCUCUAUUGAUGAACACCUUGAUAUUGCUGGCAAAGAAGUAGAACAUUUGGUAAUAUCUGGAGAAAAGAGUGAUGAUAUUGACAGUGUAACUGAUGAAAGAACUGACACAAACACUGUUCCCAAUACUUAUUCAGAUGUGAAUGUUAAAACUAUGGAUGUUGGUGAAGAAUCUCAAAAAGGAAUUGACAAUGAAACCAAGAUUAUACCCACAAGCUCAAAAGAAGACCUUUUAAAUAAAGAAGUAACUGUUGCGGAGGAUAAAACUUUUAACAUAGACACUAAUGUUAAAAUAGACUUAAAAACCAAAACAUCCCCUACUGAAUCUGAGGCUACUUCCUUGGAUGAAGAACUUGUCUAUUCUGAUGCAGAAGGUGAUGUUGAUGAUAAAGAUUUAUUGGAUGAAAUUGAUGCAACUGACAUUAGUAAUGAUAAAUUAGAACAUACUGAAACACCCAUGACAUCUGAUCUUUUGACCAGUCAGAAAGAUGAAAUUGAUGCAACUGACAAUAGGAAGAAUAAAUUGGAAGAUACUGAAACACCCAUGAUAUCUGAUCUUUUGACCAGUCAAAAAGGUGAAAUUGAUGCAACUGACAAUAGUAACAAUAAAUUAGAACACACUGAAAGAUCCAUUUCAUCUGAUCUUUUGACCAGUCAGAAAGAUGAAAUUGAUGCAUCUGACAAUAGUAACAAUAAAUUAGAACAUACUGAAACACCCAUCCCGUCUGAUCUUUUGACUAGUCAGAAAGAUAAAAUUGAUGCAACUGACAAUAGUAAUGACAAAUCAGAACAUUCUGAAACACUCAUUUCAUCUGACCUUUUGACCAGUCAGAAAGAUGAUAAAGUAACUGCUGAAAAAGAUGAAAAUGAAAUGGAAGUUGAUGCUGACGUAAUAACACAAAUGACACAAAAAUCUGAUCUAAAUGACACAAUUUCAUCGGCCACUGACAAUACAUCAUCAUAUGAUAUUAAUAAAGACCAUGGUUUAGACAGACCUGAUGUUAUGAUUGAUAUUCCUACGCAAGAAUUGAUUGAUACAUUUGAUGAUGCUGAUGAAACAUUUGAUAAUACCAAUGGUAAUGUUGACCAAUCUGUCAGUAAUAUUAUUGAUAAACUUGACAUUGAAACCACAGGGGAUAAUACUGAGAAUUUGACAGAACCUAAAGCAAUUGAAGAUUUAAUCAUCCCAGAAGAGACUGAUGAAACUAAUGUCGAUAAGUUAUUGACAGAUGAAAUACAAACUUCCAAUAAUAAAUUAGCAGAAGAUAUUGCUGGACCAGAAAGUAUGGAUAUUGAUAACAAUGACACUGAAGUAACAGAAAAACUAGAACUAGAAACUACAGAUCUAGAAACAAACAAACCUGAUGAACAAAAUGUUAAUACACUCAAAGAAAAAGUAACUCAUGCUGAUAUUAUAUUAGAAGCAAAUUCAGAACAUCCAAAACUUCAGCAAGAUGAAUCUUUGAUUGGUGAAGGAAAAUCAAAUGAAGAUGAGAAAGAAUCUUCUGAUAAUUUAGAGAAAAAUGUUGAAGAUACAGUAAAUAAAGAUGUUGAAGCACAACCAUCAACUUCUAAAUAUCAUCAAGAAUCUUCUGAUGAGGACCAGGAAGCGACUGACAGUCUUGGGCUGCUGGCGGAGUCAUCGAGGGUUAUGGAUGAUGAAGAUGAACAGGAGCAAGAGCCAGAACCUGAGGAUGAUGAUGACGAUGAAGACUUUGAUCAGGAUGAUGAAAGCAAUCAAAUGACCGCCGAGCAUUCUGAAGACUCGAACGCUCAACACUCUGAAGCAGACAUCCCAAAAGAAACCAUGGAAGUUGACGAAUCAAAUGAUGCCCAAGCGGAGGAGUCAAAUGACAUGGCUGAAAUGGAUACCCCUGAUGACUUGCCAGAUGCUGCGGAGACUCCUGAUGAACAUGAUGAUGAGUCGAGUGAUGAGCUGGAUAUCCAGAUAGGCCAGGUCCUGAGUCAGAAUGAGGUGGAAGAGGUUAUAGUGGCCCCAGAAACCUUAGAAGUGACUGACGAGGCACAGAAAGCAGUAGAUGACCUUCUCGAAGAUGAAAAGGAUAAAGAAAGCACAGAAGUACCACAAGUACUUACUAUUACUGCCGAAAAGGAAACAGUUGAGCCAGCAGAAUCUGACAGUGAAACCGCAGCGGGCAGCAAACUUAGGCAGCUCCUACUCGGGGAUGGUGAAUCUUCUGCAGCACCGUCAGAAGAGAAGAAGUCACCAAGCAAGACUAAGAAGUUGGAAAUAGCGAAGCCCAAGAACGAAAUCAACAUAGUGGAACUGGAAGAAAGCUCCUCUGAAGACGACAUUCAAGUAGUGAAACAAGCGGAAAAACCAGCAUCACCGAAGGAUGUGACCUCGGUGACAAUUCCAUCGGAAAUAGAGGUGAUGGCAGCGUCUGCCGGUGAGACCUCAGAUAUCCAGGAGAAAGACGGGGAAGUGAGGGUCAGCGGGCUGCCUAAACCACAACCGCAGAAACCUACGAGGUUGAAUACUGACGAAAUUUCUAUCAAGACUGCUUCAGCGACCGAACCUCUAGUCAUACCCGAAACUACGGCGGCCCCCAAAGCUGCAGAGUCGAAGGCUUCCAUUGAUUUUGGCCUGGAGAUAUUCAGUCUGGACUCGGACGAUGAAGAGACGGAAGUCAGGAGUAAGCGGAAAAGCAAGUUAACUGCCGUGGAGCUAGACAAAGCCCGUCAAACCAAUAAAUGCAUCAAUAUGAAUUGCACAAGUGACGGAUCAGUACCCCUAGUACCGGCUUCUAUAUCAGCCGCUAUAUAUUACGCGGCGAACCAGCAACGCGGUGGAGGCCUAUGUCUAUACUGCGCGAAGCGUUUUGAAGAGAGAAGCGAGUGUAACAUUUGCACUAGCGAUGGAACCGUCCCGCUAGUGCCGGCUUCUGUAUCAGCCGCUAUAUAUUACGCGGCGAACCAGCAACGUGGUGGAGGCCUAUGUCUAUACUGUGCGAAACGUUUUGAAGAGAGAAGUGAGAAAUUAGUGGAAGGCGUCAAAGACCUCACCCCCUUCCUCUCAAUGGACAUGUGCCUGAUCCGGGAGGAGUUCGUCGAGAUAUCGGACUCGGAUUCUGACGACGAGCCGGAUAUCGUGAAGAAUGAUAGCGAGAUCAUUGGAGAAAAGGGCGCCAAGUUUUUAGAAGAACAAUUGGCGGACAUGUUCAACGAAACUUGGAAGAAAUUCAACAUGGAGGAGCGUUUGUUGAGCGCACAGACCGAGAUCAACAUUGAAGUUAGCCAAUUGGAAGAGGAAUGCAAGGAGAUAGACGCCAUGCUAAACGAGUGCCAACGGGAGACUGACAAGCUAAGAAACGACUUGUACGCCAAGUUCGCCGACGAUCGUACAGAAUUGCCGCCUAUUGCGAUCAUUGAUACUCCAACUAAUCAGUGGUCCGGCCUAGAAGAUGGCAUUACAUCUCCACCGCCAGUUCCAGAAACUAGAGAGAGACCGAAACGACGUUCGGCGGCGGCGGCCGAGCCGCCAGCGAAGCGCGCUGCCAUCCCGCUCGGCUACGCGCCGCUAGAUGGCGCUAGCACCAGCAAACCUGUGGAAGCAAAACCGACUCCGUCAGCAGAUUUGACAGCGCAAAAUGAUGAUGACAACGCGGACAUAUCGGUAGUGAAGCUGUCCGUGGAGGCGGCGCCGGCCGGGCUGCCGCCGCCCGGCGUGGCGGCGCGCGCGGCGCUGCGGCCCGGCAUGCCGGUGUACGCCAUGAGGAACUCCUUCGGCGCCUGGCACAAGGUCCGCAUACAGGAGGUCCAACCCAAAACGCCCGGUCAAUUCACCAUGUGCCGCGUGAGAUUCGAGCAACCAAAGACAAUGACGAAGUUACUCCCGGCACGUUGCCUCGCCUACGAGCAACCACCGGAAGUACGGCUCACUAUUGGUACCCGAGUAGUCGCGCUGUUCAAAGACCAUCGCGUCAGCGUCGAGAAGAAAGAAGAAGGAGAAAAGAAGGAAGCGUACUACUCUGGCAUCGUGGCCGAGAUACCCAACCCGGUCAACAAUUUCAGAUACCUGAUAUUCUUCGACGACGGCUACGCGCAAUACGUACAGCACGCCAACACGCGCCUCGUAUGCGAGUGCGCCCCGCGCGUGUGGGACGAAGUUCACCCCUUCAGCCGAAACUUCGUCCGGGACUACCUGCGGGCGUACCCGGAGCGGCCCAUGGUGCGGUUACAUGCCGGGCAGAGCAUCAAGACCGAGUGGGACGGCAAAUGGUGGGUCUCGAAAGUCCUGCAAGUGGACGCUUCGCUCGUCCUAGUGUACUUCGAGGGCAAGAAGGACAACAAGACAGAGUGGAUAUACCGCGGCUCCACUCGUCUAGCACCAUUGUACCUGGAGUUACAAGCGGCUGAGAGGACGAGGGCUCGGCCUUUACCAAGAGCACAGGCUGCUAGAAGGACAGAGUGGAUAUACCGCGGCUCCACUCGUCUAGCACCAUUGUACCUGGAGUUACAAGCGGCUGAGAGGACGAGGGCUCGGCCUUUACCAAGAGCACAGGCUGCUAGAAGGGUGAGUCAUAGUUCCCUGCUCCUAAUACUUCGAAGGCAAGAGACGGAGUGGAUAUACCGCGGCUCCACUCGCCUAGCACCAUUGUACCUGGAGUUACAAGCGGCUGAGAGGACGAGGGCUCGGCCUUUACCAAGAGCACAGGCUGCUAGAAGGACAGAGUGGAUAUACCGCGGCUCCAUUCGUCUAGCACCAUUGUAUCUGGAGUUACAAGCGGCUGAGAGGACGAGGGCUCGGCCUUUACCAAGAGCACAGGCUGCUAGAAGGUACAACAUGCCAUACGUGGAGUAUACACGAUCGGACGAAGACAAGACCGCGGCCACACCGACCACCACCCCGCAACAGACACCGGCGCAGAUACAGGCACAGAUGGAGCAAGAAAUUCGUCGUCAACGCGCCGUAGCUAAGAAGUCCACCGCCCUCCCCCCCGCCCCGGCCGCGCCCGCACCCCCCACCCCCGCCGCCAGAGACAACGUCACCAGCCGCGUCGUCUUCUACACUCCCAAGAACGCAAUUAAGCCUCACAAGAUGGUGCCACACACUUGCGGGCCGAGAUGCAGGCGGACCGACGUGCUGGCCCUGAAAGAUUUGAGGACAUACAACCCACUUACUAAACCAUUACUCAGCGGUUGGGAGAGGCAAACAGUGAGAUACCGCAUACCGGCGACCAAAGCGGUCAUGUACCGAGCUCCGUGCGGCCGCCGUAUAAGAAACUACGACGAACUACACAGAUACUUGCAAGCCAUAGACAGCGACAUGGGAGUGGACUUAUUCGACUUUAACCCGACUACGCACUGUUUGGCUGAGUUCCUGCUGAAUAAGUGUCUUAUCAGCAAAAAGGAUCUCUCCCACGGCAAGGAGAACGUCCCAGUCCCCUGUGUGAACUACUACGACUCGUCGCUGCCAGAGUUCUGCUCCUACAACACAGAACGCACCCCCACAGCCGGGGUGCCUCUCAACCUCGACCCGGAGUUCCUGUGCGGAUGUGACUGUACCGACGAUUGUGCUGACAAGAGCAAAUGCGCUUGCUGGAAAAUGACGCUAGAGGGCGCUCGCACCAUUGGCUUGGACACGAAUGAAGUCGGCUACGUAUACAAGCGGCUACCCGAGCCUCUGCCGUCCGGAAUCUACGAGUGUAAUAGUAGAUGUAAAUGCAAGCAGACUUGCUUGAACAGAGUGGCACAACAUCCUUUGCAGCUAAAAUUACAGGUGUUUAAAACUGCGAACCGCGGCUGGGGCAUCCGUGCGCUCAACGAUGUACCAAAAGGCGCAUUUUUAUGCGUGUACGCCGGAAAUCUGCUCACCGACGCCACCGCCAACCUGGACGGCUUGAACGAGGGCGACGAGUAUCUCGCAGAGUUGGACUAUAUAGAGGUCGUCGAGCAAAUGAAGGAGGGCUUCGAAGAAGACAUACCAGAGGACGCUAAGAAAGCUGACGAGCUGGCCAGAGGCUACCUCUUGCAGGAGGAAAAUGAGUCUUCAUCAAUGUCGUCAUCGUCUGAGGAGGAACAGGAAAAGCAAAAUGGCGACGACGACUUCCGGCCAGCCAUGCCGGCAGGGCGGUACACUCCUUCCGAGUACAGUAAACGCCUCCGUAAGCGCGAGAAAUCCAAGAAAGAGAAGGAAGAAAGAGAAAAGAAACAGAAAGAGAAGGACGGCAACGAGGACUGCAUCACCAUCAGCGACGACGAAGAACUGAGAGAGCCGGCCCACUUCUCCGCGCAGGCCGGCAUGGGGGGCAAGGAAUUCGUCUCUAAAUACAAAUCUGUGCGCACUCUAUUCGGCAAAGACGAGGCGUGCUACAUCAUGGACGCCAAGGUUCAGGGCAACAUCGGCAGAUAUCUCAAUCACUCGUGCACUCCAAACGUGUUCGUUCAGAACGUGUUCGUGGACACGCACGACCCGCGCUUCCCCUGGGUGGCGUUCUUCGCCCUCUCCCAGAUACGGGCGGGCACCGAGCUCACGUGGAACUAUAACUACGACGUGGGCUCCGUGCCCGGGAAGGUGCUGUACUGUUAUUGUAACGCGCCCAACUGUAGGGGGCGGCUGUUGUAAGGAAACUAACAAGUAAGCAGACAGACUUACACAGAAAAACAUACUUAAAUAAGAUGCAAAAUGUAAACUCGCUAAUAAAUACGUUGGGAACAGUACAGAUCAGACUGAUAGAAAGACGGAGAGCCAGACUAAUAAAUGCAGAUUUUCAAGUUGCGAAAAUUAGACAGAUAAAUAAAAAAUACUGCUUUUUUCAUUUCUAUAAACUGGUUAUUUAACUGUACAGCGAAUAUAUAGUUCAUAAUGGGCAACUUUUACUAUGGGACCAACACCAAAAUCGCGAAAAAAAAAUUUAUUUCAGAAAAUGUCAAGGUCAGCCAAAAUGUAUGAAACAGCCAAUUUUUUGUUUUAAUUUCGGCGUUGGUCCCAUAGUAAAAGUAAAAGUUGUUCAGUAUGACUUAUACCUAUAUAUUCAGCCCAUAAAUUAUUGUAGAUGACUAAAUAAACACCCUGUAUUGACAGACCAAUAGACAUAUAGACAGACAGACGGACAAAUGAAGAGCACAAAAACUACCCGGUAAUAUUAACUUUGUAAUUAAAUUAUGUAACUGACAUUAUGUAAUCAGUCAAUCAUUGUCAGUCCUCAAAUAACGUCUGUUUAUUUUAAUAAAAUGUGGCUUUCCAACACAGAAGGGUCCAUAUGCUUCAAGUGCAAUACGGACCAUUUUAUCUGAAAUUCCAACAAAAAUGUUGAUACAAUAGCCUUUAUUGCAUUUAAGUGACUUUCUGUGAUGGAAAGCCACAAAUGUAGUAUUUCCACUAGUUCCAAUCCUAUCAUAGAAAAUGUAUGAAGCUUAUAAUUUCAUCUAUAGUUCAAAUCAAGAUGUUUAGAACAAGUACAUAUAGAAAAUGUUUGAAGCGCAGAGUGAAAAAAAAACCUUUGAGAUGUAUGUUGCUAUGUAAUCUUUUUUAACACGAAUAGCCGAAUCGUCUUAGUUGAAUAUUAGGAGAAGAUGUAUUAUUUAAGCUCUCGUACUUAUUUUAACCGAGCCAGAUACAACAAAUAGACUACUACUAAUAAAACAUAUAAAUAUAACUAAUAAAUCUCUUCUGUCAAAGUUAUCCAAAUUUUUCUUGUUUGAUGUCUUUUAGUUAACGAUUUCCUUAUUUUCGCAAAGUUGGAAGUAUUUAUUAUUGCUGGAUGCAUUUGCACAGGCUGGUGUUCCGGUGGUAAUCCAAAAAUCUGCCCACCGGGUGUAGCGAUUGAUGUUAUACACAAAACGUUUGAUUUUCCAUCUGCCGCAGGUUUUACAGCAAAAUCAAAUCUUAACUUUUCCAUAUUUCUUGAAAUAUUUGCAGACAAUGUUGUUUUAUAAUAAUAUCACACUAUGGUGCAUGAAAUAAAGGCGAAAUUGCGUUUCUCUGUAAAGAAUAAAGAUUUAUUUUAAAAUCGAACUAAAUACAUCUAAUCUUCUACAACAUUUGUUUGAAAUAUAAAGUAAUUUACCUGUAAAGAAUAAAGAAACAACAUUUAAAGCCUCUAUUCUAGGGUUUUGUUAUUUCUUUUACAUAAAAUCAAUCUUUAUCUAUUUUAUAGUAUUGAAUAUUUUUUCCUAUGAUGGAUGUCAAUGUCUUAAGUGUUAUUCAUGACACUCGGUAAAGUCUAUGGCUAAAGCGGCUAGCCGCAUAAAGGUUAACAUUAAGAAAAUAGGUAUCACUAUUUUCUUUACAUGUAUGUUAUUAAAAAUUGUUAUAAAAUAAUAGUAAGUAGUAGUAGUAUAGAUAUUUUAACCGAGUCAGAUACAACAAAUAGUAGUCUAUUUGUUGUAUCUGACAAACCGUACUACCAAUUACUACUACUAAUACUUACAAUAAAGACUUACUACUACUACUUACCUUACUACAGGGCUCGGAACCGGUAUUUUUUAAAAACCCCGAAAUAGCUCUAUAUUUUGAAUUAGUUUAUGCUCUUUACGUAGGACUGAAUCAAGUAUUUAGAUAACGAGUUUUUAUUAUUAGAUUGUCCCAUUAACAGUGAAAUAAUAAACCAAAGAACGAAAAAGAACGAAAUAAUACCGGUAUUUUUGUAUGGAGCAAAUACCGGUUUCCGACCCCUGCCUUACUAUUAUUUUAUAACAAUUUGCAAUAAGUAUACUACUACUUAUUACUAUAUACUUAUUGUAAAUUGUUAUGAAAUAAUACCAAGGCUCAAAUCAAGGUUUGGUUGAUCGAAACAAUUAAAAUUUUAUGAAUUUCCACUAUCCAAUGUUUGACACUUAAAAGUACCAGUUUUUAGCGCUUAUUUUUGCAGCAGUCACCACUGCUGCCUUUAAAUAAGGUAAAUUGUGUCAACUAUUAGUAAGGGGCUGUCCAUAAAUUACGUCAUCGAUUUUUAUCAUCCAAAAAUCAUGCUUUAAAUGACCCCAUUUCCUACUUCAUGCUACCGUCAUCCGAUGUCCAGACCUCCCCCCCCUAAUUUGAAAUGACGUAAUUUAUGAAUAGCCCCUUAAAGGUGCCGACAAUAGGGUAACAUUUCUAGUCUAUAGUCUAAAUUUUUCACCUGUGUGCUCGGUUUAAAUAAGUUUGAGAUGCUUACAUUACUUAUUUAACACAUUCAGCGCCAAGAACCCGACUGUCGGGUGCACUGUUCGUAGCGACUACGCGCUCCAUACGGCGAAACCGUGGCUACGCGCUACGAGCGUAACCCGUAACUUAGUGGUAAUGAAUGUGUUAAGUUUUAUAGGUUAAGAUCAUUGUAUUGUAUGUCAGUGUAUGUGUAAAUAUUGUGUUCAAUAAAUAGAAAUCGAAAAUA